AUGCACCAGCUCAUGAUGGAUAUCACACAAGGCAAGAUUCCUCCUAUCAAGGCAUGCACAACGUGGACACAUGCAAAGAAGGCAACACAUGCAACAAUCAAGGCACAACAGAGGAUUGCAGUUGUUACAGGGGCCAACAAAGGGAUAGGAUUUGAAAUAUCUAAACAACUAGCUUCAAAUGGGGUUAAGGUUAUAUUGACUGCUAGAGAUGAGAAGAGGGGCAAUGAAGCUAUUGAAAAACUCAAGGCUGCUGGAUACUCCCAUGUGAUUUUCCAUCAACUUGAUGUUGUGGACACGACUAGCAUUUCUUCUUUUGCAAAUUUCAUUAAAACUCAGUUUGGGAAGCUUGACGUAUUGGUACAUAAUCCAACUCUCUGCAAAUUUCAUCAAAACCCAGUUUGGGAAGCUUGA